AUGGGUCAACAAGCUGGUCAUCAUCAACAUUUCGGCGUGCCUUAUGCAGCACAAAUUCAACCACAAAUUAGCUAUGGUACUCAAAUACAUGUCUUCGGAACUGCUUACGGCGAUCGAUUCGAAGUCAACUUGGCUAACCAUCGCGGGGAUAUUGUUUUACACGUCAAUCCACGUUUAAAUGAUCGUCAAUUAGUUUUGAAUGCCGCGCCAGGUGGUGGCUGGGGUGGUGAAGAUCGUAAGCCAUUGAACAUUACCCGUGGUCAUGCAUUCAGCAUGAUCAUCAUGGUUACUGAACAAGGCUUCAAAAUCGCUGUAAACAACCAACACACAGCUGACUUUCCCCACCGAAUGCCAUUUCAAAACGCUGAAAUCGUCACUGUUAAAGGUGAAGUUAAUUUAACCAACGUUCAAAUCUUUCCAGGCUUUGGUGGCCAAUAUGGUCAACCCUGGCGAUUCGCUAUGGAAACACCAGUGCCAAUGAAUGUUUUCCCAGGUCGUGUCAUUACCAUUGUCGGUCGAGUGAACAACAAUGCCUCACGAUUCGAAUUCAAUCUCUUAGCUGGCAAUUACGAUGGUGCUGAUGUUGCUUUUCAUUUCAACCCACGUUUUGAUCAACAUGAAGCUGUUCGUAACUCAUGUCAAGGUGGUGGCUGGGGUAACGAAGAAAAACAAGGAGGCUUUCCUUUACAGCCUGGUCAGCAAUUCGAAAUUCAAAUUAUUUGCUUUCCCGAACACUAUCAAGUAAACUGCAACGGUCAUUCGUGGUUCACAUUCCGUCAUCGUUUACCAUUCCAAAGCGUUCAAGCAUUGCAAGUUAAAGGUGAUGUUCAAGUUACAAAUGUUUAUGCUAUGUAA